UCAUUAAUAGCAUAAAAAGAAAAAGGAAAAAUGAAAAAAUGGGCGGGGCAUGCCUCGCUAAAUAAAGACAGUGGUCACAGUGCAUUUGGUAAAUAAAUAAUGUCUACUGUUUUGGAGGAAGAACUACAUCAACAAGUGCCAUCCAAACUGCUCCACCUGCAAGCGUAGGACAAACAGCACCCAAAGGGCGAGGCAGACACAGUGAAGGGAAUGGAAACUACAGCAAGAAAAGGGAUAACAAGGCCUCCACUUAAUUUCCUAUCCAUUUUGAAUGAAGCAGGGAUUAAAAUUGACACGUCUUGUCCGGACAAGCUGUGUGAUCAACUCUAUGCUGGAAUUUUCUUGAAGCCCAAAUUAUUGAAAUAUUUUGUCGACAAGAAGUUAAAUAAGAAUUGCUUCAUGUUGUUUGCCAGAGAACUUACUAUAGAUUGGGGUGAUAAUUCUGAAUAUUGGAAAUGGACCUAUGACAAAGAUGCAAGUGGUGAAGACAUUGAAGUGGCUGAGCUAUUAAAAAUAUGUUGGUUAAAAAUUACAGGGAUGAUUUGGACGGUUAAUCUCUCACCAGGAACUUUGUAUGAAAUUAUAUUUGUUGUAAAGGUCAAAGAAGGCAGCAACUUAUCGAAUUUCUCGCUGAACCUUACUAUCAUUCCCCAACAUUUAGAACAGAUAAUACGCCAUCACAGUUUGAAAGAAGACGCUUUAGGAAAUUGGAUUGAAAUUCAGGUGGGUGAGUUUAAAAUGUCACCAGAAAUGGUUGGAAACAUGAUAUUCCAUCUAGACGAAAGAACUCCGGAAUGGAAGCACGGUCUUCUUGUAAAAUGUGCUAUCAUUCGACCGAAGAACUAGUUGCUACUUGGUAAGUAAUCAUUAUCCAUGUGUCGAACACGAGCAAAUUGUAGCCGUACAUGUAAUCAAUAAUAAAAAAAAAAUAUAUAUUUGUAGAAUGCUUAAGGUGUUGUUUGGAUG